AUGGGUGCUGCUUACGUUAUUUUCGGUAAAACUGUUCAACCACACGUUUUGGCCUUGGCCACUCUCGCCCCGGUCUUUUUCUAUGCCGCGGUCCCAAACCCAUUUGCGGGUAAGACAGCCUUGGGUGAGCCACCAAUCAACGCCUCUUCCCCAGAAGAGGAAUCCUUCAUCAAG